AUGAGUGUGAAGAACCAAGAAUACACGUGCGGGGUUUCUCACAUGGGGGUGGAAGCCAAGGAACACAAGCGCCGCAUGCUGCUGCACUCGAUGGCAGCACUAGCGCGGGGUAGUAUGAAUUCGAAUGCAGGAAGUAGCUCAACUGAACUAUCGGCAACAGCAGCCGUGGCGACUAGCGGAGGCGACGCCGCCCUUUCUGCUAGCUUAUCGACAUUGCCAUUGCCGCGUUCCGCGCAACAUGACGAGUCUGCGCUGCACAAGGGAGAUCCGACAAGCGACCCAUGCUCCUUGUCCUCAGCGCAUCAACUACGCAUGACACCUCUGGUGUCGCAGCUGAGAAUAUCGCAGUCUUCUCCGCGUCUCGUAGGCACCUCGGUGGUCGAAAGAAGAGCUACAGUUGCAGUCGCCCACGAUCUCGAAGUUGAAGAUGUUGAAGUUGUUGAAGACGAUGAAAACAGUACGAAGGCGUCGAGUGCUCCAAGCAGCACCAGACCCGUGCCGCCGAGACGUGCGACGAGUGCUUUGGAAACAUCGAGCGACCACACGAGCGACGAGUCUAUAAUGUACGCGGUGGCACUGCUACGUAAACUUCAGCAACACGCUUGUGACAGUGAACGUGGCGAGGCUGCAGUGCAACGAGAGGAGCUCGACCAGAUCCUCCACGGUUUCUCUCGCGCUCUUGAGACUGUCACCUCCACCUGGGACGAACGGAGCGUUGAAAACACGAUGCAAAAGCUGUUCGACACGCACUCGAACGUGUUUGACGAAAGUGUGCAGAACUUUUUUAUCCAGAACUUCCUGCAUGAAUCGGAGAGCGCCAAAACGCUCCGUACUGCGCUGCGUCGUACAAGUAUGCUGCGUCGCUGUUUGCUGGCAAUGUAUCAGUCCGACCACGGUGGGAAAGACAGCAACAGCGACGACAAAGGAACCGCCGCGCGUCGUUGGGGAGAAGCCGUAGCGCGAGUCAUGAAGCAGAAGGAAGACGAGCGCCGACGCUUCUCCAUUGAAGUCUGCCCCGAAAUCACGAAUCCAUCCAUCGUACUCGCUGUGCAGAACGAGAUUGCCAGCAUCGACUCGUGGAAUUUCGAUGUCUUUGCUGGCCUCACAAAGGUCGAGCAGCACGAGGUAAGCACCAACCAUUGCCUCCACAUUAAAAAGAAGAAGAAAAAACUGACCUCCUUGCUAUCUCUCGAGGUGCGUAAUUUGAUUACGGACAUGGUCUUAGCCACCGACAACAGCGUACAUUCCGCGUACUUGGGGAAGCUUGAAAACCUUGUGCGAAGAGCAACUGACGAAGGAUGGAAAGGUGCCGAUCCGGAGGACGAUCGUUUGGUGUUGCAGAUGGCAUUGCACGCCGCGGACGUGUCCAACCCGACCAAGUCGCUGCGCACUUACCUCAUCUGGACCGAGCGCAUCAUGCAGGAAUUCUACCAGCAGGGUGACAAGGAGCGCAAGCUGCUGCUGCCCGUGAGUAUCGGCUACGAUCGCGAGCAUCCCAUUCCUCUCGAGAAGAUGCAGGCUGGUUUCAUGAUUGGCAUCGUGCGGCCACUCUUCCUGUCGUUAAGUCACCUGCCCAGUGCACGACUGGGUCAUUGCAUGACCCAGCUGGACGCCAACCUGGCGCACUGGCAAGACGAGAUCAACCGUAAUCAGCCACCUCCACCUCCUCAAAAGCUUGUCGUCUCUUCGAACGAAGCAGCAGACGCAGGCAUGCUUGUUGUUAUCGCCGUCGACACCGCCAGUGUCCCCGCCUCUCGUUUGACCGUGUGGUCCCCUAACAGUAGUCGCUUAAAGCUUAAGGAACAAUUUGCUGAUAAGAUGCUGAGCCUUGUGAAGAAAGUGGCGACCGCUGCUGGUCGCCGUACGCCCGCGCAGUCGCGUCUGAUGAGCCACGGCCCGGCCCCUCCCGAGGGAAGCCUGGAGGCCAAGGUCCGCCACUACCUGCCGGAAGACUACCACAUUGUGCUGGCCACCCUAGGUGCUUACACGACACUCAUUAUGCUGUUCAAGCUCAAGCCCUCGAAGAAGAAAGAGGAGGAGAUCGUCAUCCCGUCCAGCUCGAGCUCGUCCUCGACGUCCAUCCCGUCGCUGUUUGAUGACGAGUUCGAUGAGUGGUCGAAGCUGCCGGGCAACCUUGAGAAGUGGGAGAAGAGCCUGGAGACCAUCGGCAACUAAGGUUACUAGUGCAAGUGGCCGACCGUAAUUCUCCUUCUGAGAACACGUGUCUGUCUGCUAAACAUGUCAUGGGCAUCCUGAGAUGAUAAUGAAAAGGCCCUGGCUGUGACGGCCUGCGCAAAGUGAACUUGUGUCGCCAUUACGCCUAGCUUCCUUUCAAUAUUGAGGUCCAUUUUCUGUGGAGUAGUAUAUUGCAUGACAUCGGAGAGCCUGUCUGGAGUGAUCAUAGAUUAUCCGCACAGCACGUCCAACUGAAGGUGAACAGAACUUAACAAUCGCUUCUUCAUC